AUGGCACGUUUCGCUUUGUUUCUGACCUUCCUCUCGCUUUUCACCUCCGCGCUGGCCGCCUUCGGCGUGACCAAGUCGGGUUCCAACUUUGUCGUCGAUGCCGGCUCGUCCAAUCCGUUCAUUGUCACCAUUUCUGGCAGCAGCUGCGACAUUACUUCCAUCAAGUACCGUGGAGAGGAAUUCCAAUACUCUGGCAAGGGUUCUCACAUCUCUUCUGGUCUCGGAUCCGCGACUGUGGCCUCGGAGAUCGUCAACAGCAACAUCGCCAAGAUUACUUGCACCACUAGCACUUUGACUCACUACAUCAUCGUGAAGUCUGGAGAGAGCGCCCUCUACAUGGGCACUUACUUCAGCUCUGAGCCCUCGAUUGGUGAAGCCCGUUUCAUCGCCCGCCUUGACCCGAACAAGCUUCCUCUCGAGUACCCGUAUGGCGUUGUCUCGACGACUGCCGGCAGCAGCAGCACCGUUGAGGGAUCUGACGUCUUCGUCGUGAGCGGCCAGACUCGCAGCAAGUUCUACUCUAGCCAGCGUUUCAUCGACGACAAGGUGCAGUGCGUGUACCGCGACGAUGAUGCGAUCCAUGCUUGCAUGAUCCUCCAGCCUCUUUCCUACGAGGGAUCCAGCGGCGGUCCCUUCUUCAGGGAUAUCAACACCAACAACGCUGGUGACUCGACCAACCUUUACUUCUACAUGAACUCCAACCACGCCCAGACCGAGAGCUACCGCAUGGGCUUCCACGGUCCUUACCAGCUUCAGUUCAGCCGCUCUGGCAUUCCUACCACCUUUGAUGCCUCAUUCUUUGAGGACCUCAAGCUGACCGGCUACGUCGCUACCUCUGGCCGUGGCUACGUUAAGGGAACUGCUUCGGGUGUUGGCAGCAGCUACCAGAAGGUGCUCCACUGGUACAACUCCAACGCUCAGUACUGGGUCUACGCCUCUUCCAACGGCGCCUUCACCUCGCCUGCCAUGAAGCCUGGCACCUACACCCAGGUCCUGUACCAGGAUGAGCUCAAGGUUGCCACCGACUCGGUCACCGUGACGGCAGGCUCGACCGUCACCAAGAACAUUGCGUCCACCUUCUCCUUCCCCUCGACCAUUUUCACCAUCGGCGAGUGGGAUGGCCAGCCGCAGGGCUUCCGCAACGCCGACAAGAUUGAGCGCAUGCACCCGUCGGACAGCCGCAUGAGCAGCUGGGGUCCUCUGACCUACACUGUCGGCUCCAGCGCUCUGACGGACGUUCCCAUGGCCAUCUGGAAGGGUGUCAACUCGCCGCUCACGAUCAAGUUCACGCUCAGCUCUUCGCAGACUGGCGCGGCCACGCUCCGCAUCGGCACGACCCUCGCCUUCGCCAGCGGUCGCCCGUCUGUCAAGAUCAACAGCUACAGCCCGUCUGCGCCGAGCGCGCCGACCAAGAUCGACUCGCGCGGUGUCACGCGUGGUACCUACAGGGGCAACGGCGAGAUCUACACGUUCAACAUCCCGGCCGGCACUCUGGUCUCGGGCUCCAACACCAUCACCAUCGAGUGCAUCUCGGGAAGCUCGGGCGACACCUACCUUGCCCCCAACUUCAUCCUUGAUGCCAUCGACCUCUACAACAACUAA